AUGGAAAAUAGAACUACAAGCAAUGAGUUGCUGCAAUUGGAGCACAAGAACCCUUCUUCCUCUAAAGAAUCAGGGCUGUUAAUUUGUGGGAAGACCAAAAAAUCAAUCCAAGAAACCCCUAAUCUUGAAGGGAAGCCUUUUACUGCACCACUACCUAAAAGCCAAGUACUUGGUAAGGUUAAAGAUUUUUUAGGAGUUAUAUCUGAAGCUAACAAAACUCUCGAGCUCAACGCAAAGGACAAACCUGAGGAUUUUGAUAUUGAAGUGCUCAAGGGUAAUGAAUCGGAGUACAUCGAAAUGGAUUUGAUGUUGGGCGUUGCCGAUCUUCACACACCAGAGGCAAUGGCAGCCGCAGAGGCUGCAGUUGCUGGAAAACAACGGGUGGUUGAUUUGCAGACCAAUGAUAGCUCUUCAGAAUCAGAUAGUAGUAAUGAUGAUGAUGAUGAUGAUGAGGAUGAAAAAGGGAAGGCUGGUUCUUCUAAAGGGCAAUCAGAAACGGAGGUAGAUGAUUCGGUAAAACAGCAGCCUGAACGUCGUACAAAGAGAAAAUGGCCGAAGAUUGUUGAGCUCUCAGAUGUUUCUGUCAAUUUUUGGACUUAG